AUGCUUCUUUCCUCACUUGCUCUCGCGGCCUUCUCGUUAGGCGCAGCAGCCCAAAGUCACACCGACUUACCCCCUCACUAUGAUUUCGUCAUCGUCGGCGGAGGCACCAGUGGUUUGGUUGUUGCAAACAGACUCUCAGAAUUGAAGAAUGUCACUGUAGCCGUCAUUGAGGCUGGUGAAUCCGCAUUGAAUAACUUCAAUGUGUCUAAUGUCAUGGGCUACAGCACGGCAUUCGGAACGGAGGUCGACUGGGCCUACCAAACCGAGAACCAGACAUAUGCGGGAGGCCUACGGCAGACGAUUCGUGCUGGAAAGGCACUUGGUGGUACGAGCACGAUCAAUGGAAUGUCCUAUACUCGGGCCGAAGACGUACAAAUUGACAAUUGGGAAGUGCUCGGAAACAAGGGUUGGAACUGGAAGAACCUGUUUCAAUAUUAUAAGAAGUCGGAAGGCUUCCAGGUGCCGACCAAGGACCAGAUCGCUCAUGGUGCCAACUACAACGCUAGCUAUCAUGGUUUGAACGGCCCUCUGAAGGUCGGUUGGCCUACUUCCAUGACCAACAGCAGCGUCUUCCCUGUUCUUGAACAAACCUUUGAGAAACUGGGCGUUCAGUAUAACCCCGAUUCUGAAGGCGGCAAGAUGGUCGGGUUCACUGUUCACCCUGACACGCUGGACCGGGAGAUGAAUGUCCGCGAAGAUGCUGCCAGGGCUUACUACUGGCCUUAUGAAGCCCGCUCAAACCUGAAGAUCAUUUCCAAUACUCGUGCGAACAAGGUCAUCUGGGCCAACUCCACCCAAGGAGAGGCUGUUGCCGUCGGCAUUGAAGUUACUAACGCUUACGGCACGGAAACCAUCUACGCUGACAAGGAGAUCAUCCUGUCGGCCGGCGCGCUUAGAUCCCCUGCCCUGCUUGAGUUGUCUGGUAUUGGAAACCCUGACAUCCUCAAUAAGCACAAUAUCCCCGUCAAGGUCAACAUCACCACCGUCGGGGAGAACCUACAGGAUCAGACCAACAACGCUCUUUCCUGGGAAGGCGUCGACACCCUCACUGGUUUGGCAACCUUCUCCGUCCUGCCAUCUGUGAACCAGCUCUACGGCGAUAACGUCACUGCCUUGGCUUCCUACGUCAAGUCCCAACUUGCUAGCUAUGCUAAGACCGUUGCUGAUGCCUCCAAUGGCGCUGUGAAGGAGGCCAAUCUCAUUGAGGCUUUCGAGCGCCAGUACGACCUGAUCUUCAACUCCCAGGUCCCCUAUGCAGAAGUCGUUUUCGCUCCGAGCGGACAAUCGUUCGCGGUCGAAUACUGGCCUCUUCUUCCCUUCUCCCGCGGCAGCGUUCAUAUCCAGUCUGCGAAUGCUUCAGAUUACCCUGCCAUCAAUCCCAACUACUUCAUGUUCAGACAGGAUGCCGAUGCUCAAAUCACGGUGGCACAGUACAUUCGGAAGGCUUUGGGAACUGCACCUCUGAACAGUCUUGUGGGCGAGGAAGUCUCACCCAGUCUUGAAGUGCUCCCUGCGAAUGCGUCCAGCUCCACUUGGACUAAGUGGGUUCAAGAAAACUACCGAACCAACUACCACCCUGUUGGCACCAACAGCAUGCUUCCCCGCGAAAAGGGUGGUGUUGUCAGCCCCGAGCUCAGGGUUUACGGUACCAAGAAUCUUCGCGUCGUCGAUGCAUCAGUCCUGCCAUUCCAGCUCUGCGGCCAUCUGACCAGCACUCUGUAUGCUGUCGCUGAAAGGGCUUCCGAUCUGAUUAAGGAAAGUUACUAG